AGUUCUCCGGUUCGGACGGUGCGUGUGUCCACAAGUGUUUAAGCAGUGGUAGUGAACCAUACAUACAUAUACAUACAUUGGUGAAGUGAAGUGAAGACUAGUGUGGUGAUGAAAUCAAGAGAAUUGCAGACUUCGGCCGAAGAAGGAUGAUGAUGAGAUGCAGACACCAUUUGCAACAGCAAUCAUGUUUACACCCGUAGGCUAGUGUUUUAAAUCGUGUAACCCGUAGCAAAAUCGCAGCACGUACGUAGGUAGAAGUGAAGUGAAUUGAGCGAUUUUUGGGGCAGUCCAGUGGCAUUGCCGUGAAAGGAACCCCUGGAGAAGAAGAAGGAAAAGUUGGAAGUUAAGGCAGACCCAGUGGAUAUUUGGCUGCAUCCAGUGAUACGAAGUGUGCAAAAUGUUGCCUGCCCCUUAGAGGCAGUCUGGCCUGGCCAGAUAUUGCCGCUGCACACUGCUUUUGGUGUCAAGUAUUAUGUGAAAGUGUCCAAUCAAGGGGUAAACUCCUCGGUUUUUAUUACAACAAAUAAAAUUAAACAAAAAGUGUAGAAAAAUAUCCGCCGAGGGGUGCUUCACCAGUCCAGUAGAGUGGUUUCCCAUUUAGUGCAGUGAAGUGGCAAAGCGAACGGAGUGAAAACCGAAGCAAAAAUUGAUUGAUACAUUCGGCCGAUGAUGCGCUGCUGCUGUUGUGCCGGAAAUAUUGCUGCUGUUGGCCCCGCUAAUUCGUUCAAUUCGCAUACUAGACUCGAUAAGAACUCAUAGCAAUGGAGCGAAUCCAGUGGUGCGGUAUCAUCCUUAUCAUCCUCAUUAAGAUUCUGUGCGCGCAGCCACUGGCAAACAGCAACUUCCCGCUGAAGGGAACAAAUGGCACAGAGAACCUUAGCAGCCGACUAGUUAGUCAAAUAGUUUUUAAUUCAACCUUGAGUCAUCUGGCGGUCGACCGGACCAGCGGCAUGGUCUACGUUGGCGCCGUCAAUAAAUUGUAUCAGAUUUCGGGCGACCUCAAUAUCAUCGCCGCGGUUACGACCGGUCCGCAGAAUGAUUCGAACGAGUGUUCGAUUCAGGACUGUCCGGCGCACAUCAAGCGGGUGCCGACGGACAACUGGAACAAAGUGCUCCUGAUCGAUCACUCGGCAAGCAAUCUGAUCGAGUGCGGAUCGCUGUUUCAGGGCAUCUGCCACAUUCGAUCGUUGCAGAACAUCAGCAACGUCGUGUUCCGGGGGGUGGAUGCGGUCGUGGCUAAUGUCGCCAAUGCCAGUACGGUCGCAUUCAUCGCCCCUGGGCCACCGGUGCCAUCGGAGAACAACGUCCUAUACGUGGGUGUGACCUUCACCGGCAAUUCGCCCUACCGAAGCGAAAUUCCCGCCGUAGCCUCGAGAAGCUUAGCGCGAGACAAGUUCUUCCAGAUCGCGUCGUCCGCCGUGACGACCGGUACGCGUAUCUUUGUCAAUUCGUUUGCUCGCGAGUCCUUCCUCAUCAACUACGUGUACGGGUUCAGCUCCGAGCGGUUCUCGUACUUCCUGACGACGCAGUACAAGAGCAGCGCCCACAACACACCGAAGGAGCUGGUCACCAAGCUGGUUCGAAUCUGUCAGGACGACUCGAACUACUACUCGUACACGGAAAUUCCGGUGGACUGCAUCAGCGAAAGCACCAAAUUCAACAUCGUCAACGCAGCGCACGUGGGGAAACCGGGUCCGGAUCUAGCGGAAAACCUCGGCAUCACCACCGAAGACGAUGUCCUGUUCGCCGUGUUCUCGGAAAGCAACGACUCGAAAAACGUGAACAAAUCCGCCCUCUGUGUUUACUCGCUGAAAGCGAUCCGGCGGAAGUUCAUGCAGAACAUCAAGUCCUGCUUCAACGGGCAGGGCCAACGCGGCUUGGACUACAUUUCCGUUAACAUGAACUGCGUUCCGACCAAGCUGCAAACCAUAAGCGAAGAUUUCUGCGGUCUCGAUGUGAACUCCCCGCUGGGGGGCGAACAGGCGAUCGCCUCCAUUCCCGUCCUGCUGUCGGAGCUGAAAAUGACUUCGAUCGCGGUGACGACCACCUCCAACUUUACCGUCGUCUUCAUCGGCACGCUGACCGGCCAGCUGAAGAAGGUCGUCAUCGAGUCGUCCAACUCGGCCCAGCAGUACGCGCUGAUGAACGUAGACGUCGGUUUCCCGAUCCUGCCCGACAUGUCGUUGGACAGUGUAAAAUAUGAUCUGUAUUUGAUGUCAAAGCAUAAGCUAUUUAAGAUUAAGGUCUAUGAUUGUUCGGUGUAUACCACGUGUGUUGCAUGUCUAUCGGCGAAGGAUCCCUUCUGCGGAUGGUGUUCCCUAGAGAAUAAGUGUAGUCCGAAAAGCGAGUGUCAAGAUAACUUUAAGGAUCCCCUGUCGUGGUUGAGCUACAAAUCCGGCAAGUGCACGACGAUUACGAGCGUCAGCCCCAGUCAGCUGCAGCGGACGACCGCCCGCACGCUCGAACUGAUGAUCGAGAAUCUGCCGAAUCUCAAGGAACCGCUCGUCUGUGCGUUCACCUUUGCCAACAUGGAGAAACCCAUCAUUACCAACGCGACGAAGAAACGGAACGGCGUCAACUGUACCACGCCCCGGACUGACCUACUGCCUCAGAUCGGAUACGGAAACAACCACUUCAACGCGCAGCUCUCGAUCAAAACCUCCCAAGGGCCGGACAUCGUAUCGACGAAGUUCACCUUCUUCGACUGCAGUACGCACCUCUCGUGUACGCAGUGCGUCUCGUCGCAGUUCCCGUGCGAUUGGUGCGUCGAAGCGCACCGCUGCACGCACGAUACGGCCGAGAACUGCCGCAACGACAUCCUGGUGACGGGCAUCAGCCGGAUAGGCCCUAGCUACCGCUCGGGGCCGGGUUUCUGUCCGACGAUCAACGUAACGGGCGACGGGCCGGAAAUUCUGGUACCGGCCGGUUCGAAGAAGUCCGUCAAGGUGAAGGUGCAUAUCAUCGGUCAAUUCAUCGUGCAGACGCGGUUCGUGUGUCAAUUCAACGUCGAGGGUCGGGUGACGAGCGUCAACGCCCAGCUGCUGGGCGAUACCAUCUACUGUGACGCGAUGGAGUUUUCCUAUACGGCGAAGACGCCGAAGCUGACGGCGACGUUCGCCGUCAUCUGGGGUGGUUCGAAACCGCUGGACAAUCCUAAUAAUAUACAUGUCGUAAUUUAUCGCUGUAGAGAUAUGUCAGAUAGCUGUGGUGUUUGCUUGGCGUUAGAUGAAAAGUAUAAAUGUGGUUGGUGUUCGUCGUCUAAUACAUGCGAGGUGGAGGAUCAGUGUGGGAUUUCCGGCAAGGUUGAGGGGCUGGAGAAGAAGGAUUGGCUGAACAAUCAGCAGACCUGUCCGAAUCCGGAGAUUCAUUCGUUCGACCCGAAGACGGGUCCGUGGGAGGGUGGAACGAACAUUACGAUUCGGGGAAUUAAUUUGGGGAAGAAGUUUGAGGACGUGUAUGGGGGGAUUAAGAUUGCCGGUAUUGAUUGUAUGCCGUUCCGGGAGCUGUACGUGCAGACGAAGGAGAUCGUGUGCAAGGUGGAUGGGCCUGGGGUGAAAACGCAUCGGUCCGGACACGUGGUGGUGCAGAUUUCCGAUUUUCGCGGUGAGUCGACGUAUGAUUUUGUGUUUGUUGAUCCGGAAAUUACCGAUUUUGGGCCGAAGUUUGGACCAAUUGCCGGGGGUACCAUUAUUAAGAUUGUCGGUAAGGAUUUGAACACGGGAAGCCGGGUGCAAGCGUUCCUGGAUCAGCACCCUUGUGAGAUUUUGAGUACCGACGAGAAUGAGGCCACCUGUAGAACGACCGCGGUUUCGAAUCAGAUGCAAGGAAAACUGCGAAUGGAAUUCGACAGUGGAAAGCGAGAGUUUGGUGGGGAUAACUUUGAGUACGUGGCGAACCCGUCAAUCGACUAUGUCACCUCCGGUGACCCCGGACAAACGAGAACUGCGCGAGGAAUCCCAGCUGGUGGCAUUAAAAUCUUCGUAGUCGGCCAGAACUUUUUCUCGAUUCAGAAGCCGAAAAUCUACGUCUACUAUAUGGAUCAGAUCUUCCUGAACGAGUGCCAGUCGAUCUCGAACAAGGAGAUGCAGUGCAACUCGCCGGAGAUCGACCUGCAGGAGGACGACACCCUCUUUUUGGACGAACCGCUGCAGCUGGAGUACGGUUUUAUCAUGGACGACGUUAAAUCGGUGAAGAAUCUGUCCACCAAGCUGGGCAGUCGGUUCGAGCUGUACCCGAAUCCGGUUUACUUUCCGUUCGAGGAGAAUCUGAAGCACUUCAACAGUGAGUAUUUGACGAUCAACGGUCGGAAUCUGGAUCGGGCGUGCAAGGAAAGCGAUGUGGUAGUUAAAAUCGGUAGCAAUGCCAUCUGUAAUAUCACCUCACUGUCGCGGCAGCAACUGACCUGUCGACCGCCAGUUGAUCAGGAAAUCAAGAAGGUCAACGUGAAGGUUAUAAUCGGGAACUCGCUGACGUAUGACAUCGGUUAUAUGAGCUACUCAACGGCCAGUAUACUGCCGUCGAUCAACAACAAGGCGGUCACGAUGAUCGUCAUCGGAGGUUCGAUAGUUUUCUUCAUCAUAUUCAUCGCGCUGGUCAUUGCGUAUCGAAAGAAAACGAGUGAGAACAAUCGUGUGCUUAAGAACAUGCAGGAACAGAUGGAUAUCCUGGAGCUGCGGGUGGCCGCAGAGUGUAAGGAAGCUUUUGCCGAACUGCAAACGGAAAUGACGGAUCUGGGUGGGGACAUUACCUCAGGAGGUAUACCCUAUCUGGACUAUAGGACGUAUGCUAUGAAGAUUUUGUUCCCGAAUCACGACGAUCAUGUCGUGCUCCAAUGGGAGAAACCGGAACUGCUUCGGAAGGAGAAGGGAUUACGUCUGUUCGGUCAAUUGGUGAUGAACAAAACCUUUUUGCUGCUGUUUAUUCGGACAUUGGAGAGCAAUCGGUACUUCUCGAUGCGAGAACGCGUUAACGUUGCUUCACUCAUAAUGGUUACUCUUCAGAGUAAGUUGGAAUACUGCACGGACAUCCUGAAGACUUUGCUGGCCGAAUUAAUCGAAAAGUGUAUCGACGGAAAAAGCCAUCCGAAGCUGUUGCUAAGACGGACGGAGUCCGUAGCGGAAAAGAUGCUUUCCGCUUGGUUCACCUUUCUGUUGUACAAGUUCUUGAAGGAAUGUGCCGGCGAACCACUGUACAUGCUGUUCCGAGCCGUCAAAGGUCAAAUCGAUAAGGGUCCGGUGGAUGCCAUCACGCACGAAGCGCGCUACUCGCUAAGCGAGGAGAAACUGAUUCGGCAGAUGAUCGAGUUCAAGGUCCUGACGGUGUACGCGAGCAUUACGCAGCCUCCGAUUCUGUGCAAUAAUAUCGAAAUGAUUCCGACCAACACGGAGAACAUUCCGGUCAAGGUGCUGGACUGCGACAGCAUCGGUCAGGUGAAGGAGAAGUGUCUGGACACGAUCUACAAGGCGAUCCCGUGCAGCCAGCGGCCCAGGAAGGAGGAUCUGGAUCUGGAGUGGCGCACCGGCAGCUCCGGCCGGGUGAUCCUCUACGAUGAGGACUCGACCUCGAAGACUGAUGGCGAGUGGAAGAAGCUGAACACGUUGCACCAUUAUCGCGUCAACGAUGGCGCCUGUCUGAGUCUGGUACCGAAGGAAAGCUCCAUCUACAACAUUACGUUAAUAGGGGAAAAGUAUCCGGAGAAAAUCCACAAAUAUGAAACACUAAACAUAUCGAAGUACGUUUCGCCGUCGCCACCGUUCAGCCGGGCCGGCAGUCCGAUGAAUGUGGACAUGCAGGAGAACAGUAUCAAGUACUGGCACCUGGUGAAGCACCACGACAGCGACGGCUCGAAGGAGGGCGAGCGGGUCAACAAGAUGGUCUCGGAGAUCUACCUGACCCGGCUACUGGCCACCAAGGGCACCCUGCAGAAGUUCGUCGACGAUCUGUUCGAGACAAUCUUCAGCACCGCACAUCGAGGUUCCGCACUACCAUUAGCAAUAAAGUACAUGUUCGAUUUCCUAGACGAUCAGGCUCUCUUGCAUGGCAUCACCGAUCCGGAGGUGGUGCACACCUGGAAGAGCAACAGUUUGCCGUUGCGAUUUUGGGUGAACCUCAUCAAAAAUCCUAACUUCGUGUUUGACAUUCACAAGUCAAACAUAGUGGAUUCUUGCCUAUCGGUUGUGGCUCAAACUUUUAUGGACUCAUGUUCAACUUCAGAUCAUAGGCUAGGGAAAGACUCACCUAGUUCUAAGCUUUUAUACGCUAAGGAUAUUCCAUCGUAUCGUGAAUGGGUGGAACGAUACUACAGCGACAUUCGGGAGAUGGCCGCCAUAUCUGAUCAGGAUAUGAACGCGAUGCUCGCCGAAGAGUCACGGCUCCACACGACCGAGUUCAACACGAACUGCGCCCUGCACGAGCUGUACUCGUACGCGGUCAAAUACAACGAGCAACUGACGGUCACCCUGGAGGAGGACGAAUUCUCGCAGAAGCAGCGGCUUGCCUACAAGCUGGAGCAGGUGCACGGUAUUAUGUCGGCGGAGUAGAAACCGGUAGACGGUAGACGAGAGAGAGCGAAAGAGAAAGUAGCAGAGGGGAAAAAGGGAAAUGAAAAACUUUGGGGUGUCGAAACUGAAUUGUGUAAGCUAAAAUAGUAACGGAACAAAAAACCAACAUUAUUAAGUGGAGAGUGUGAAAUUUAUUGUCGAAGCAAAACAAAAAAAAAAAACACAAGUAAGCAUACAACAAUGUCGUAUCUAUUUUUAACAGUCGCUUUAAUUGAUGAUUGAAUUGGAUCGAUCGCGCGCGCGGAAGAAGAAGAAAAAGCAAAGAGGAAGACUUGAGGCAAAAUUUUCGAGAAACACCGAAAAACAAACCCGUAGGAACAGGAAAUUUCAAUUGGACAUAGGUACAGAAUCACAGAGAAGAAGAAAAAAAAACACAAACCAACCAACCAACCAUACACGUGGAAAAACAACAGGAAAAAAUUUGAACACGAAUCGAAAAAAAAAAUGGAAAAAAGCUUAUAAUAAUUAAAAAUAUCUCAUAUAGCUCAAACAAAAAAGUCUAAAUGUAAUAAAAAUGAAAAAUUGUGUAAUUGAUGUGUUAUAAGUUAUUACUAAAAUAUAAGCUGAUGAUUUUAUUAG